GGUCGAGCCAUUAGUCGAAAACUAUAAACGCUCGACGCGAAAUCGUCUCCGGCUCUCCGUCUCCGCUUGCCGUAACCAAAAACCGCCAAACCGUUUCAUACGCUACGUAUUGAAACGUACACCACAGUUUCAUUAUUAUCACAAAUAUAUAGAGAUAAUAUAAUUUUUUUUUACGGUUUUUUUUCGGCAUCCUAAAAACCCGCGCAGUACAAAAUAAUUUCGGAAGAAAAAAACAACUGAACACUAUUCCAAAGGAAUCGCAACGCAGCGCCACGCAUUAAAUUGCAUAUUUUUUUUCAAGUGCCAGUCGAAAGCGAGUAAAAGCAAAAGUGACCACCAAUGGCCGCCAAGCAGUGCAGUAAAUAAGCGACCCACCAAGCAGCAAAAGGGAAAUCCGCCCAAGAAAGGCGACCUAAACAGCCAGGGCAGAGCAAACCAACAGCACCAGCACCAGCACCAGGAGCACCUAGAGAGGAGCGCCAGGCGGAGCAAUCACUACCACCUGUACACACCCACCCACCGCAGCAAGGCACCCACCCAACAUGCUGGCCGACUCGUACCUGAUCAAGUUUCUGCUGCGCCAGCUGCAACUGCAGCAGGAUGGCGAUGCCCAGCACCUGUUGAUGGUCUUCCUGGGCCUGCUGGCCCUGGUCACACUCCUCCAGUGGCUGGUGAGGAACUAUCGGGAGCUGCGCAAACUGCCGCCAGGUCCCUGGGGACUGCCCGUCAUCGGUUAUCUGCUGUUCAUGGGCAACGAGAAGCACACACGCUUCAUGGAGCUGGCCAAGCAGUACGGAUCCCUGUUCUCCACGCGACUGGGCAGCCAGCUGACCGUCGUGAUGAGCGACUACAAGAUGAUCCGCGAGUGCUUCCGGCGCGAGGAGUUCACCGGACGCCCGGAUACUCCCUUCAUGCAGACGCUGAAUGGCUAUGGCAUCAUCAACAGCACUGGCAAACUGUGGAAGGAUCAGCGCCGCUUUCUGCACGACAAGCUCCGCCAGUUCGGCAUGACCUACAUGGGCAACGGCAAGCAGCAGAUGCAGAAGCGCAUCAUGACGGAAGUGCACGAGUUCAUCGGCCACUUGCAUGCCAGCGAUGGCCAGCCCGUGGACAUGUCACCCGUCAUCUCGGUGGCCGUCAGCAAUGUGAUCUGCAGCCUGAUGAUGAGCACCCGGUUCAGCAUCGAUGAUCCCAAGUUCCGGCGCUUCAACUUCCUCAUUGAGGAGGGCAUGCGGCUGUUCGGAGAGAUCCACACCGUUGACUACAUACCCACCAUGCAGUGCUUCCCCAGCAUCUCUACGGCCAAGAACAAGAUCGCCCAGAAUCGCGCCGAGAUGCAGCGUUUCUACCAGGACGUCAUCGAUGACCACAAGCGCAGCUUCGAUCCCAGCAACAUUCGCGACCUGGUCGACUUCUAUCUCUGCGAGAUCGAGAAGGCCAAGGCCGAAGGCACCGAUGCCGAGCUCUUCGAUGGCAAGAAUCACGAGGAGCAACUGGUGCAGGUGAUCAUCGAUCUGUUCUCCGCCGGCAUGGAAACCAUCAAGACCACGCUGCUGUGGAUCAAUGUGUUCAUGCUGCGCAAUCCCAAGGAGAUGCGCCGCGUCCAGGACGAACUGGACCAGGUGGUGGGACGCCAUCGCCUGCCCACCAUUGAGGAUCUGCAGUACCUGCCCAUCACCGAGUCCACCAUUCUGGAGUCGAUGCGCCGUUCCAGCAUCGUUCCCUUGGCCACCACUCACUCGCCCACAAGGGAUGUGGAACUCAAUGGGUACACCAUACCGGCCGGCUCGCAUGUCAUCCCGCUGAUCAAUAGCGUCCACAUGGAUCCCAAUCUGUGGGAGAAGCCCGAGGAAUUCCGCCCCUCGCGUUUCAUCGACACCGAGGGCAAGGUGCGCAAGCCGGAGUACUUCAUACCCUUCGGCGUGGGCAGGCGGAUGUGCCUGGGCGAUGUGCUGGCGCGGAUGGAGCUCUUCCUGUUCUUCGCCUCCUUCAUGCACUGCUUCGACAUCGCCCUGCCCGAGGGUCAGCCGCUGCCCAGUCUCAAGGGCAACGUGGGCGCCACCAUCACGCCGGAGUCCUUCAAGGUCUGCCUCAAGCGCCGCCCCCUGGCGCCCACUGCCGCCGAUCCGCAUCACAUGCGCAACGUUGGCGCCAACUGAGGAGGUGGACCCGGUCCGCUCCAGAGCACGGUUUUGUUCCUACACAAAAAAAAGACACAAAAAAAGCACAAGAGAGAAAUGUUAAGAGUGGAGGCCAUUUCCAUACUGGCCUCCCAUUAAGAGCUAUCCAUUUAGCGAUAAGUUAGUAGCUAUCCGCCCGUGGGAGGAGCACAUCCGGAUCCCAGCUAGAGCUGGACAUGGAGCAGAGCAGCCGGAAGCUGUGACCAACACACAGAGGACUGCAACCAAUUCUAUUCUUUCACCCCCAAGAAGCUGUGUUCAACUAAUUGUAAUUAAAGCCUAGUUAAUGUUAAUAUACGCCCUAGUUAAGUUCGUUUGUACGUACUGCUAAUGUCAAUGUUUUUAUAGUUUUAUAGUUAACAGUUAAUAAUUAAUAUUAUUAUUAUUAUUAUUAUUAUUAGCGCUUAUGUUAGGUUAUCGCGUAUGUGUAAAGCCAGCAGGCCGAUUAAGUUUAGUUAGCUAACGUUCUUGUUUAUUCGUAGUAUUAGUACUAGCUUAAUGUCCAAACAACAAACAACAAAACAAACUGUGGUUUAGUCUUACAAGCACACAUCAAAAUAGGCAAACGAUUCGAAAAUAAAGAAACAUUUGUGAAAAAACCUU